AUGGAAGCCGAUCCAGAUGAACUUUUGACUUGGCUUAAAGGAGAUGGAAGUGGUGAGCGUGAUCUUCAAAUAAUUGCACUGGAACAAUUAUGCAUGCUAGUCUUAAUGAGUGAUAAUAUCGAUCGAUGUUUUGAACAGUAUCAACCUCGGCUUUUUCUUCCUGCUCUCUGUGAUAUAUUCAGUGAUCCAUUAGCUCCAACACAUGUUCUCGAAGUGACAGCACGUGCAUUAACCUAUUUUCUUGAUGUAUCAGUUGAUUGUGCAAAAAAAAUUACUUCACAUCCAACAAUUAUACGUUCAAUGUGUACUUGUUUACAAGCUGUUGAUAUUGAAGAUCGUACAAAUAAAGAUUUAGCGGAACAAAUUAUCAAAGUUUUUGAACGUUUAUGUUCAAGAGAAACAUCAAGUAUAUAUGAACAAGAUGGUCUUCGUUGUGUACUUGAUUUUAUUAAUAAUUGUUAUUCAGUUAUACAUAAAGAUUCAUUACAAUCAGCUUUAAAUGUUGUUGUUAAAUUAAUUGGUAAAAUUGAUCCACAAAAUUCUUCAACACUUGAUCAAACUAUUGAAUCAUUAUCAAAUUUACUUUUGCAUGAUGAUGCAUUUGUAGCUGAUAAUGCAUUAAGAUGUUUUGCAACAUUAGCUGAUAGAUUUGCAAGAAAAACUGUUGAUCCUGAACCAUUAAUGCGUUAUUGUUUAAAAGAUGUUCUUCUUCGUUCAUUACAUCAUGUUUCAAAAACUUCAUCAACAGAAUCACAUAAUGUAUCAAAUGCACGUGGUGUAACAACAAAUCUUUCAAUUGUUACAGGUUUAUUAUCAACUCUAUGUCGUGGCAGUUCAAAAGUAACAUAUGAUUUACUUCGUUCUGAUCUUCCUGAUGCACUUGAAGCAGCUUUAUGUAGUGGUGAUGAACGAUGCGUAUUAGAUAUCAUGCGAUUUCUUGAUUUACUCAUCGUUUUACUUUUUGAAGGACGUCAAGCCCUUCCUCGUCCUGGAAGUACUACGACACGUACAACAAAUUCAUCAGUUCCAACAAGUGAAUCAUCUGAACAAACAUUAUCAACUUCAAUUACAGCUCCAAGUGCUACUCCAACUGAUCGUUCACAACAACAAAUAAUUGAAUAUAUUCGUUCACGUGAUCUUCAAGCAUUUAUAAAUUAUAUCGAAGAAAAUAAUAUCGAUAUAAAUUAUACUGAUAAUGUUGGUCAAACAAUGCUUAAUUGGGUUGCAGCAUUUGGUACACGUGAAAUGGUUGAUUAUUUAUGUCGACGUGGUGCUGAUGUUAAUCGUGGUCAACGUUCAUCAUCAUUACAUUAUGCUGCUUGUUUUGGACGUGCUUCAAUCGUUCGUAUAUUAUUAAAAUAUGGUGGUAAUGUUGAUUUACGUGAUGAAGAUGGUCGAACACCCUUAGAUAAAGCACGUGAACGACAAGAUGAUAAUCAUCAAGAAGUUGUUGAUAUUCUUCAAUCAGCUCAUGAAUGGACUGAUACAAAACAAACUUCCACACUUGAAAAAACUAAAGGUGAUAUUGAAAUGCAAUUAAUUUAUUUAGAACGUUUAUUAUCAAUAUUUUGUCAAUUAUAUCAAAAUACAAUGAUAUUAACAAUAAAACGUAGUACAUUACGUUUAAUAUCAAAAUUAAUACAAUAUGCAACAGUUGAACAAAUACGUCAAUUAAAAAUUUUAACAACAUUAUUUGAAUUAUUAUCAACAAUAUUAGAUACAAAUGAAGAUGAUAAUGAUACAUCAAAUAUUGUUUUAUUAAUAAUAAAAAAUUUAUUUGAAAAAGAUCAAUGUUUAUUUCUUGAACAAUUUCAAUAUUUAGGUUUAAUAUCAAAAAUAACUCGAUUAGCAUUAUCACAUGAAAUUACAAAUCAAAAAUCUGAUCAAUUAUUAGCUAUAAAUAUUAUUUCAAAUGAUGCAAAAGAUAUACUUUGUUAUAGACCUUAUGUAUGGAAUGAAUUUAAUUUCUUAAGAAAUCGUGAAUGUUUAUAUAUAUGGAAUCAUUUUAUUGUUAUUGAAUUAUCAAUGGGUUCAAAUGGUUGGUUUAGAUUUUUUACAAAUAAUUCUUUAUCAACAAUGUAUUCAUCAGGAAGUCCAGAAACUAAUGUUGAUACUGAUGAAAAUCGUCAUGAUUUUAUUGAUAAAUUUCAACGAUUAAAACAACAAGUUUUUGAUGGAACAGAACAAGAAAAAGAUAAUGAAAAACAACAAGCUAUUAUUGCAAGAACAAUUUUUACAUCGGAUACAACUAAUGAAACAAUAAUUACAGUAGGAAAUUGGACAAUACAAUGUGAUGGACCUACGCAACUUAGAAUUCAUAAUGUUGAAGGCGAACAGGUAACUAUUCUUGAACAUGAUCAAUCCGGUUUUAUUUUCGAAUCAAAUCGUGGUAUUCGUCAUACGCAUAAUACUGAGAUAGUAUUAACAAAUGAAUUUUUAAUUCCAUGGUCAACAAUUGAACGAUUAACAUCAUCGAAUAAUUCUGCAUCUCUCGCAGUUAAUAAAAAAGGUAAACAAGAACAAACAAAACAACGUACAACAGAAAUAGCAUUCUAUAUAUAUAAUGAAUAUUUAAAAAAUGUUUCACCAACAAAUUAUACACGUUCAAUAUUAAUUGAACUUCAAACAAUUGUCAUUGAUUUAAAUAAUGAAUUAAAUUUAAAUUCAUUUACGAAUUUAAAUAAUCUUUUUCAAAAAUUAAAAGAAUUUCUUCUUGAAAAAACAAGUUUAUCUAUAUAUGAAUUAUCAUCAUCAGGACUUGUUACAACAUUAUUAAAAAUUUUUCAUGGUUUACUUGAUCAAAAUAAUCAUCUGUCAUUAAAUGAUCAAGUAUAUGAACGUUCGAAAUUAUUUUGUUCAAUAUUUCUUUCCGAUGAUUAUCCUGAAGCUUUUCAAAUUCUUAUACGUAAACUUAUAUCAAUAUUAGAAUCAAUUGAAAAAUUACCAUUAUUUUUAUAUGAUGCACCAUUUAAUUAUGGUUUACAAAUCUUUUCUAAACGUUUUCGUUUUCAAAUUCAAUAUAAAAAUGAACAACAAUUAUUUACAGAUCGAACAGGAAAAUCAAUAAAAAUUGAACCAUUAGCAACUGUAGGACAAUUAAAAAUAUUUCUGGCAUCAAUGGUUUCGAAACAAUGGUAUGAUCAUGCUCAUAAUCAAUUUGAAUUUGUUAAACAAUUAAAAUCAAACAAUCGUGUAGCAUUCACAUAUGCAAAUGAUUUUGAUCAAAAUGGAAUCUUAUAUUGGAUUGGUACAAAUGGUAAAACAACUUCUGAUUAUACAAAUCCAUGUUCAACCGGAUUAGUCACAGUCAGUUGUUCUGAUAGUAAUUGUUCAUCUCAACAAUUAUCCGAUGUAAUCUCCUAUACAUCAUCUAUAGAUGAUCAUGAUGAUUCAAAUCGUGGUUAUAGUUGGAUUAUGAUUGAUUUAGGUUUAGUAAUUAUACCAACACAUUUUACAUUAAGACAUGCUACAGGUGGUUUUGCUCAUUGGCCAAAAACAUUAUUAUUUCAAAUGUCAAAAGAUAGUUUACAUUUUACACAUUGUGAAACAUCAUUAAUUAAUGAACCAAAUUCACCAACAGCAACUUGGAUGAUAAAAAAUUCAAUGGAAAAUUCAUCGGGUUUUCGUUAUAUUCGUAUUCAUCAAAAAUCUGGCCGACAUCCAGUUUGUAUUGCUGGAUUCGAAGCUUAUGGACAAGUACUGUCUGCUAUUGAUAUUCGUUCAAAAACUGAAUUAACUCGUUCUCGUUCUUGUCGUGAUGAUAUUCGAAAUCGUCCAACAAAUUCUCGUCAAAAUCCAUCAUUUAAUCAUUCUCAUUCGACAUCAUCAACUACUACACGUACAAAUAAAAUGCAUUCACAUAUACUUCGACGUUUAGCAAGUAUGAAUACAUCGGGACAAUCAAAUUCUACAAACGAUAAUAAUCGUCCUGAAUCAACAACAAUCGAUAGAAUUUUAUUUGAUCUUUCAUCAAUUCCAACUGAUCUAUCAACAGCUAUUGAAUCUGAUGAUCCUGAACGUUUACGAUUAGUUAUUGAAGAAACACUUUCACGUUUAACAGAUGAUUCAACAUUAAAUGAAAAUAGUAAUUUACUUAAUUUAAUAUCUCAACGUAAAAGUGUUUCAACACCCGAUAUAAGUAAUGGUGAAUCAACAUUUACAGUUUCAUCAACUGAACAAGCAUCAAGUGCAGAUAAUCUUGUUUCAUCAACUCGAGCUACAGAUCAUGUUGUUCAACUUAUGCAAGGUUUUUGUGAUCAAAUAGCUCGACAAUAUGAUGCUCUUGUUGCACAAACACAAAUUGAAUCAACAUCUUCAGAAGAUUUUCUUGCACCAAUUCAUUCCGAUAUGACAAAUACUGAUAAUUGGCUUGAGUUUGGAGAAUUUAAAGAUGAUACAAUUGUUAUUUCAAAAGAUGAGAUAAAUAAUAAAACGGAAGAUAAUUGUCCAACAACGGAAUCGAUUAGUAGUACUACAGAAUCAGUUGAAUUUCUAUCUGCUACUAAUGAAGAAAAUAAUAAGAAAAAUGCUACUAAUGAAUGUACUGAACAACAGAUAAUAUCGUUAGAAAAUGAUCUUAAUUCUAGUGUACCAAAUCUUUCAUCAAUAAAUAUAUCAUUAUUAAAUAUUUUAACAACAGCACAGAGUAGUCCAAAUUUAAGUGUACCAUCAACAAUUGAUAUAGCAAAUAUACCAAUUAUUGAUGAUGAAACAAAUCCAAUUGAAGAAUCAACAAAUAUAUCGGAUCAACAACAAAAACAAACGGAUGAAACAACAACUGAUGAUGAAGAUGAUGAAUAUACAUUAUUAAAACGUCUUAAACCGACUAGUGAACAAAUUGAUGCACCUGUAGAAGAAGAUGAAGAUGAAGAUGAAGAACAACAAGAUGAUGAAGAGGAAUAUAAUGAAGAAUUACAAGAACAACUUCAUGGUCAACAACAAGAAAUUACACAUCGAAAUUGGGAUGAUGAUUUUGUUUUAAAACGACAAUUUUCUGUUUUACUUCCUGCAUUUGAUGGUCGACCAGGUAGAACAAAUAUAAAUGCAACACAAGAUAUUCCAGUACCAACAACAAUGGCACCCAAAGAAGCAACUGCAACUAAACGAAUAUCGAAUAUAGACGCAUUAACUGCUUCUAAUAUGAGAUUAUUUAUUCGAGGACCAUCACCACAUAUAUCAGGAUUAAAAGAAAUUGAAAUUGAAAUGGAUGAUUCUGAAGCAACUAUUUUUAAAUAUAUACAACAAUUAAUUAAUCCAUUUCCAUCAUCACAAAGAUACGAACGUAUUAAACGAAUAUUUGAACCGACAUAUACUAUUAUCUACACAGAAAAAUCCAGUGAACAUUCAGAACCAAAUACAUCUCAUAUUGAUGAUUUUACUGUUACUGAUACUUCUAAUGAAAUUUGUACUAUUGAAGAUAUUCUUAAACUUCUUCGUCAAUUAUAUUAUCUUUCAACAAAUUAUAUACAAACAUAUCCACAUCAUGAUGAAACAUUUACAGUUGAUAAUUAUUUUCAUUCGAAAAAAUUAAAUAAUAAAUUAUUACAACAAAUUCAAGAUUCAAUAUUAAUUGCUUCAUUGAGUUUACCAUCAUGGACAUCAUGGUUAACACAUUCAUACAAAUUUUUAUAUCCAUUUGAAACUCGUCAAUUAUAUUUUCGAACAACAAGUUUUGGUACAUCACGUUCAAUUGUAUGGUUACAAGAACGACGUGAAGAAUUAAUUCGUACAGUACGUAAUAGUAAUCAUUUACGUUCACGUGUGUUAAAUGAAAAUUCUCUUCAUGAAUUUCGUUUUGGUCGUUUAAAAAUUGAUCGAACUGUUGGAAUUGAUCGAGAAAAUGUUUUACAUGAUGCAAUGAAUCUUUUUCAUUAUCAUGCUAAAUCAAAAUCAAAAUUAGAAAUACAAUUUUUAAAUGAAGAAGGUACUGGUGAUGGACCAACAUUAGAAUUUUAUGCAUUAAUUGCAAAUGAUCUACAAAAAUAUCAAUUAGGUUUAUGGUGGAAUCAUGAUGAUUUUGAAUCACAUCAGACAGAUUAUGUUCGAAAAUUAGAAGGUUUAUUUCCUGCACCAUAUCCUCAAGAUGAUUCUAAAUUAGAUGAUAUUUGCAAUUAUUUUUCCUUAAUGGGAAUCUAUUUUGCUAAAUGUUUAUUAGAUAAAUAUUUAAUUGAUAUGCCAUUAUCUAUAGCAUUUUUAAAACUUUUAUGUAUGAAAUCAAAAAAUGAAGAAAUUUGGUUUGAUGGUAUACUUGAUUUAAAUGAUUUAAUAACUAUUGAACCAACACGAGGAAAAUUUUUUCAAAAACUUUUUCAACUUAUUGAAAAGCGAAAUCAAAUACUGAACGAUGAAACAAAAACAACUAAAGAAAAACAAGAUCAUUGCAAAUUAUUAAAAAUUGAAAAUGAUACACAUGAAUCGAUUGAUAUUGAACAUUUAUGUUUAACAUUUGUUUAUUCACCACCAUCAAAUACUUAUGGAUAUGAAUCAGUUGAAUUAAUUCCAAAUGGAGCACAUAUUGAUGUAACGAUUGAUAAUAUUGAUCAAUAUAUUAAUUUAUCACUUCAAUUUAUUUUUCGUGAUGGUAUUCGUCGUCAAAUGGAUGCAUUUCGAAGUGGAUUUAAUCAAGUAUUUUCUCUUGAUCAUUUACAAUGUUUUAAUCCACAAGAAUUACAAUUACUUCUCUGUGGUAAUCAAUGGCCGUCAUGGACAUUAGACGAUUUAUUGACAUAUAUUGAACCUAGUCACGGUUUUACAAGAGAAAGUUCGGGUUUUACAAAAUUUCUUAAUGUUAUGUUAGCACUUGAUGGAUUUGAACGUAAAUCUGUUGUUCAAUUUAUUACUGGUUGUUCAUCAUUACCCCCAGGAGGUCUUGGAAAUCUUCGACCACGUUUAUCAGUAGCACGUAAAGUUGAAGCUGAUGAUAAUUCGUAUCCAUCAGUAAAUACUUGUUAUCAUUAUCUUAAAUUACCUGAUUAUUCAAAUGAAGAUAUUCUUAAACUUCGUUUAAUGACAGCGUGUAAAGAACGAGGUUUCUAUUUCAAUUGA